AUGGAUAAACCCGAAUCCUCGCUUUUUGCAGUAAAAAAUCCACGUGUAUGGUUGAAAUUAAUCAUCGAGGUGUUUAGCCAUACACCUAAUCUGGAUAUUUUAUUGACGAAACCGGACUGUCUCUUUGACAUGAAAUCGAUAAAGGAUACUGUGAAAGGAUUCAACGUUGACGGACUCAACUUUAAUCAUGACUGUGGGAUGGAGUGUGCCCAGAUGGCUUUGAAGAACAUGCCAGAAUCAAAAACUGUGUUUAUCAAAAGUCCCGCUUUCAGAAAUCCAGUUGAGUAUCAAAAUAUCCUCAUACAGAAUGUUGAUUGUCUAGCUAUUAGUCCUUUUGAUCUCGAUUUGAAAAUCUCUUUGAAUGAUAUACUUCUUAUCAACAGCAAAUUGAUAGAGAUUAAAUCAAGACACAUCACCGACAAGAUGAUCAAUCGAUACCUGAAACAUUGGAUUCAAGGUUCAAACCCGAGAAUGGGAUAUGUAAGAAUCGAGUUCGAACCGAAUCGAAUUUUGGAUGAAGAAGUGAUUCUGAAAAGUCUAAAAUAUCGCAGAGCCCAACCAAAUCGGAAGAAAUAUUUUGGGAUGAUUGGAUACGGGGGAGUAGUCACAGCGGAAGGAGGAAUCGAUAUCCAUCGAAAGGAUGGAGCGGAAGGGACGAUUGUGUUUGAAACUCUCAACGGGAAUAGUUCCUUUGUUUUCUAUGUGUGUAAUUGA